UUCAAAUUCACGCAGGAGAAAAAACCCAAAGAAACGAUGGCUUUGAGAGCUGCUACUGUUGUAUGUGUUGAAAGGGGAAGGAAUCCUAAAUUUCUUUCAGUUUAUCCUCAACUUAUUAAAACCAGAUUUCCUUCCUCCCUUGAAUCUUCUCCACUUCAUCCAAGAAUCUCAUAUCAAACUCAUAACCAUAAAAAACAAGACAAUUUCCAACCUGGGAAUUUUGACAAAUCAUUUACGAGAUUCAACAAUGGUAUUCGUGCGAUUAAUACAGACGCUACAGUGGAAUCAAAAACAUCAUCAGAGAAUGAAAAUUUGUCUGGAAACUGGAAGAUUAAAAUGCUUUAUGAUGGUGAUUGCCCACUUUGUAUGAAAGAGGUAAACAUGCUUACAGAAAGGAAUAAAAUGUAUGGGGCUAUCAAAUUUGUUGAUAUAAGUUCGGAAGAUUACUCUCCGGAGGACAAUCAAGGAAUUGACUACAAAACUGCUAUGGGGACUAUCCAUGCAAUUCAAUCUGACGGAACUGUUGUCACGAGUGUUGAAGCAUUUAGAAGACUGUAUGAAGAAGUUGGACUUGGAUGGGUUUAUGCUGUCACCAAGUACAAACCUAUUGGAGUCAUAGCUAAUGCAGUGUAUGCAGUUUGGGCUAAGUACCGUAUGCAGAUUACAGGUCGACCUUCGUUGGAAGAUGUUCUGGAAGCGAGAAUGAAAAAACAGGCAAAUGGUUACAACAGUUGCUCUUACUAGUGUUCACCAAACAUGGCGGCUUGAGCAACUGCACCCUAACUGACAACUACCAAGGUUUUCAAUUAUCUUGAAGAUAGAAGGGCGAGAGGACAUUGCUGUAGACAAGGAAAAUGAUAUACAUGCGGGUAACCCCUUCUUAUCCUGUCAUUACGAAUUAUCAUUCCAAAGGAAGAAUGGGUGCAGUGGAAGCCAUUAUACACAUGAUGAGAUAUCACUUAUCAGCUCCUCAAUUUGCGAGAAAAAUUCUGAAUAUGAGAUGAUUGGGAGACCAUGGAAAGCAGGUUUUCAGGUUUAGGAUGUCAAUGAGGAGCUUCGAGUCAUCCUCAAACUAUAGAUAAAUCCGUGCAGGACAGCUCGAGCUUCAGCAACAAGGGCUUUAGAUAGUCCAAGUGGCAUGGCUGAGGCUGGGAUGAGAGCCAUAACGCAGGCAGACAUAUCACUGUUAAGUUCGAUAAACAGUAGUAUGAGGUGGACGAAUCCAAGAAAUGGAUGAGGCGUAACUGGAAGAUGGGAUCGAAGAUUAGGUUGGUAUUGGAUCCAGGAAUGUGGGAUGUACAAGCUGCAGGGUGUGGUGAAGGAUAUAGCUUGAGAUCAUGAAGUUGUCAACCUAAUGCGUUGUUGCUUCUGGUUAGGCAUGCCCAUAAUAUAGCCUGACAUGCUUGGACAGUUGGACGAGAAUUAGACAAGGCACCAAGCUAAAAUAUGGGCUGGCCCAAGUACAAGUGAAUUGAAAAUUAAAAAUUAUCAAG